AUGAUCAACGCGGACGGUGACCUGCCGAGCUAUAAUGAGGACCUUGUCACGCGGACGAUCGGGAUGACCAACGACUACAGCGUAGCGCUCAACCGAAUCAUGAGAGAAGCAAAGGCGCAGCAAGAGGAGGAGCAGGGCGACCGCGACGGGCAGGCGGGCACCAGCGGGCGGGCGGCAGCAGGAGGGGGCAAGGACCUCGACUGGAGCCGGUACCCAGAGGCGGCAGCAGCGGUGGUGAUCUACCACGAGUUGAUAAUGAAGAUCAAGCGGAUACUGCUCACCUAUGUCAAGAUGCGGGCCGACGUGAUCUGCAGCAUGCGCUGGGAGCAGCGGCGAAACCCCAAAGACAUCGACGUCACCACAGAGCGCGACUUUGCUGACGCGUACGACCGGGCGCUCAACAACUACAUGGGCUUCGGGGAGGCCGGCGUGCAGAUGGACCUCACAACGGACCUGCACCCCCCCAAGGACGCGUGCGUCAAGGUUCGUGUCCUCAAGAGCCACGGCAGCAUGGCCCUCAGCCACUCGGCCAAGGUCAGCCUGAUCAAGGGGUCGGUGCACAACAUGCAGUGCAGCGAGGCGGAGCCCCUGAUCAGGAAGGGCGUGCUGCAGGUGCUCGAUGCCAACUGCUGA